AUGGCCGUCCCCGUGUUCCUCCUCUACAUCCUCGCCGCGCCGACGGCGCUGUGGCUCGCGGCCUACUUUUUGCCGCUGCUCUACAUUCGCCUGCGCGGCGUGCAGGACCUCAAGAAGAAGUACGGCGCGACGUGGGCCGUGGUGACGGGCGGGUCCACGGGCAUCGGCCGCGCCAUCUGCGAGGAGCUCGCGAAGCAGGGGCUCAACGUCGUCGUCGCGGCGCUGCCCGACAAGUUCCUCGAGCCCGCCGUCGCGGAGCUGAGCGCCGCGUACAAGGGGCAGGAGUUCGUCGCCGUGGGCGUGAGCUUCGCGCCCGGCGCCGACUACCUGGAGAAGAUUAAGGCCGCGACGGCGGACAAGGACGUGCAGAUCGUCUUCAACAACGCGGGCUUCAUCGUCACGGGCUUCUUCGACACGCAGCCGCUCGGCAAGCACCUCGUGAACAUGGAGUGCAACGCGACGGCGGCCGUGGCCAUCACGCACCACUUCGCCGCGGCCAUGAUGCGCAAGGGCCUGAAGGGCUGCAUCGUCUUCACGAGCAGCGCGUCCGCGUACAUCCCGAACCCGUUCGCGAUCAUCUACGGCGCGACCAAGGCCUUCAUGUCCCAGUUCGCGGCGUCCAUCGCCGUGGAGCUGCAGUGCAAGGGCAUCGACGUGUGCGUGAUCCACCCGUCGCCCGUCGCGUCCAACUUCUACAACAAGGUCGAGCACAAGAUCGACUCCAUGGAGUCGUUCAAGAAGCUCGCCGUGGACCCGUCGGAGCUGCCCCGCGAGAUCUUCGCGUCCAUCGGCCGCUGCGUGCUCCGCGACGUCGGCAACACGGCCGUGGGCAUGCGCCUGGGCGUCGCGCUCCUCCCCUACAGCGCGCUCGCCCACAUCAUCGCCCUCGUCGCGCCGUUCCUCCCCGACUACGUCGAGAACGACAAGAAGCGCGGCCAGGUCUGA